AUGAUUACCGUUACACAAUCAUUGGCGGCUGAUAUGGACGACCGAAAGGAGUUGUGUGUCGUGGUCGUGCUGUUAUUGUUUGAUCGGUCGCUCCCCGUGCCCAUACAAAGUAUGAUGAAGAUUGCGAACUGCGAUGCCUCGCGGUCCACCGAACCUGAGGGCAACGUCGGCCAGAGCGCUGCCUUCCCAUGGCUGGGACUGCUAAGGGUGCACAUACACGACUUCGACCAACUGAAGAUAGCGGUGACGGGCCUGAUACUGGUAAAGGAGAGGUACGCCGUCGCCAACGCCGAUGAUGUCUCAAGGAUACCCAAGCACGUGUUUACGCAGGACAGCAAAGCCAUGUUUAUACCCAAAACAGGAGAUCCGUGGUUCACCAACCUCAAGGACUACAUGAUCCACCCUGAGUUUGAGUUCGCCACGUACAACACCAUAGCCCUGGUGGAGCUUGACUUAGAUCCAGGCACUGUGGUGCCAUUCAAACCAGUAUGCUGGCCAGGCCAUUUCUUCAAUACGUCGAACCUACUAUACGCAGUAGGGUACACAGACGAAAACGAGCUCAUGGAGAAAAUAGUUUACACCGUCCAAUACAUAAAGCCUUCUUUGUGCAACGAAUUCUAUAAUCGAGUUGGAUUGGUGGUGUAA